AUGUCCCAGCCAACCAGUCCCCAAGGGAGCAGCGCUACCCGAAAAAGCUGGCAGGAUAAGCUCGGUGACCACUGCAAUAUGGUCAAGAUAGCCGCCCCUACCUUCAGCAUUGUGUCCGAUCGGCGAGGAGGUCGUACUGCCUGGUCCAGCACCGUCAUCGUCCAGGGCCAAAGCUUCUCCGCUCGCUACUGGUACGACGGUCAAUUUAUCAACAAUGCCAAAGAAGACGCAGCCGAAGUCGCUUUGGGGGCGCUAAGCCAUCGUCCUUCUUCCUCGACCACUUGGCCAGGGAUAAUCCCGACUCAACCAACCCAGAGCACCUACGGCCGAGGCACUGGAGGCGUCUGA